GAGAAGAACUGCAGAACACAACUGUCUCACUGCACCACUAACUGUCUCACUGCACCACUAACUGUCUCACUGCACCACUAACUGUCUCAUUGCACCUUCAAGCAGAACCCAGCACCGAUCCUCAAGAUGCAGAAGUGUUUUGGUGGUGUUUGUAUCUCUCUGGUGUUUUGUGCAGUGUUGACUGAGACCCUUGGCAUGGUCAUCGCGGCAAAAGAGAAGCGCGGCUGGACUCUGAACAGUGCUGGAUAUCUGCUCGGCCCUCGUCGUAUUGAUCAUCUAAUACAGAUAAAGGAAGCUCCCAGUGCAAGGGGGAGAGAAGAGCUGCUUGGUGAAUAUGGCGUCGACAGUCACAGGACGCUCAGUGAUAAACACGGUCUGGCCGGGAAGAGGGACGCUCUCCUGGAGGAUGACAUCAAAUCCGGAGCCCUGAGAAUAGCAGACGAAGACAUGGUGCACACCAUCGUAGACUUCCUGUCCUAUCUCAAGCUGAAAGACAUGGGGGUGUUGGACAACCUGCCCUCCUCUCUCACAUCAGACGAGUUCACUCAGACCUGAACCUCACAACUACCCUCCAUCUGCCCGAACAACUCUGACCUCUGACCUCUGACUUCUGAGCUGAAGCCAACUGCAUCUGUGUUGUUUUUGUCCUGUGCUACACUGUAAUCUCGCUGAUGUAAAGAAUAAAAGUCGCAUU